AUGGGGAGAAUUCUCCUCCUUAGCCUCCUUCUCUUCGGACAGUUGCAGGCGUUGGACUCCUAUCGCAAUGUUCUGCAACAGAAUUCUGAUUACAAAGCUAAUGGCUACCGUUAUGGUUCAAAUCGAUAUCCUGUGCGUCUCCCUCAACAUAGAUCAGACGGAAAUAAUCGAGGAAGUGUUGUGGUGCGAGAGCCAUGGUAUCCAAAGCACAUUCCUUAUGCCUCGGGAGGCGACAAAGGAAGCGAGAAAUGCGGACGGAUCUCAAUAACUAAAUGUACCAACCAACCAGGAAACACAAAAUGUGUACAAACAUAUAUAAGGAGCUUCUCAGAAUGCAGCUUCUCUGAAAAUAGAAGGAAGAGCAAUAAUAUGAAAGAUAAGGAAAUACGACAAAGAAAACUGCAAAGCUACUGUGGUGUGUACAGCAAGCGGAUACCAAGUGAUAAUAGAAAACUUGGAUGA